AUGGCACCAGCAAAGGACAUAUCUAACGACAAGCCCCAUACGUACCGGGAAGAGACCCCAGGUGCGGGUUACUCUGGGCGUUUGAAGGAAUUCCUAGAGGCACAAAUGCAGGAAGCAUAUGGAUUGGUUAAAACAUCAGAAGCAGAGACAACUUUCCGCCCGCGCACAUACAGUAACAAGUCAAAUAGUAGCGCUGGCUCGCUUCGUAGGCAAAACGCGUUUCGCCGCUCGUCUCGACCGUCCUCACCGUCCUUCAGCAACAUGUCCUCAGAUGCCGGGUCGCCAGAAGCAGAGUCUACGUCAUCUCCAUUCGCUACGACAGAGCCUUGGAACGCUAUUUGGGAAAGAUUUUGCAAGUUGAUCGACAGUCAACGGCGCUUGGAAGUUGUUUUGCGAUCACUCCGUCACUUGCAGGUUGCGUCUUCCACCAGCGAGCCCUUGAUUGAGGCAGACAUGAUGCAGGCUUAUCAGAGGCUUCGAGUCAUGUUGGCGGGUAUCUCUAUGAACAAUGCAGAACAUGAGGAGGUACUCACCCAGGUUCGAGAUGCUGUUUGUCCCGAAAUACGUGCAAUUCUGCUUGAUACAAACCAAGCGCCAGGCACUGAUCAACGAUGA